AUGAACACGCUACGUUCGAAGCCAAUGAUUAUAUUUUACCUGAAACUUCGUCACAACAAUUUGGCAAAACUACCCUCAUACAUAUUCCUUGGCUUGGACAUUCGACAUUUGACGGUACACAACAGUACCUUGGCUGUAAUCGAGGAUUCAUCUUUGAGUUCAAUAGGCAACAAAUUGACUCAGCUGGACGUUUCGCAAAAUAAGUUGGCGACGAUACCGACAUCCUCCUUCACGCAUUUGAACCAUCUGUUGAUUCUCAACAUGAAUCAUAAUAAGGUCACCGCCGUGCAUAACAAAGCGUUUUUAGGCCUCGACACCUUGGAGAUUCUAACCCUUUACGAGAAUCGAAUAUCGGUCGUCGACGGCGAGGCUUUCAAGGGAUUAGAAAAGAAACUGAAGCGACUGAACUUGGGCGGGAACGAACUUACAGCGGUGCCGCAAAAGGCCCUCGCUCUACUCGAGAAUUUGAAGAAACUGGAGAUGCAGGAAAAUCGAAUUACCUCCAUUUCAGAAGGAGAUUUCGCAGGAUUAAGGAGUCUAGACUCCCUGGGAUUGGCUCACAACCAGCUUCGGGAUGUACCAGCUCAGGUGUUCUCUCAUCUGAAUUUCCUCAACUCCUUGGAACUCGAAGGCAAUCUGAUACAGCGUAUUGAUGAGAAGGCCUUCGUUGGGCUUGAAGAAAACCUGCAAUACCUACGACUGGGCGACAAUCGUCUCCACGAGAUACCGUCUGAAGCCUUGCGCCCUCUCCACAGACUUCGCCAUCUUGAUUUAAGAUCUAACAACAUCACUUACAUAAGCGAAGACGCGUUCACGGGCUACGGAGAUUCUAUCACUUUCCUCAAUCUACAGAAGAACAUGAACCCUUUAGAACCAAUUGAAAUGAUUGGUAUUACAUUGAGGUACUUAGGCAGCGGAAAUUCGAUAAACGAUUUGCAUUUCAAAUUUAAACGUGGAAGAGCAACAAUUUCCAGAACUAUUUCGUCAGUUUGUCAAGCUAUAUGGAAAUAUGUUCGACCACAGUACUUAGAAGAGAUCACAGUAGAAAAACUACAAAAUAUUGCAUUAGAUUUUGAUCUCAAAGCUAACUUUCCUCAUUGCUUUGGGGCAAUUGAUGGGAAACAUAUACGUUUAAUAAAACCAGACAAAAGUGGCUCUUUGUUUUAUAAUUAUAAAAAUUAUUUUUCAAUUGUUUUGCUGGCGGUUGUUGACUCAAAUUAUAAGUUUGUUUUUUUCGACGUGGGUGCAUAUGGUAAGGAAAGUGAUUCUACUAUUUUUAGAAAUUCGACACUGUACAAGCUUUUAAUGAGAAAUGAAUUACCAUUGCCUGAUCCACAACCACUUGGAAAUGAUCAUAAUAACGAGCCACCAAUCCCUUAUGUACUCGUCGGUGAUGAAGCUUUUGGUUUAAGUAAGCAUGUUAUGCGCCCAUACGGCGGAUCCAAUCUCAAUGUGAAACAAAGAGUUUAUAAUUAUCGCCUUAGCAGAGCUCGUAGAUACGUGGAAUGUGCAUUUGGGAUCAUGGCAAAUAAAUGGCGCAUUUUACAUAGGCCAAUUGAUACGUCAUAUGAUUUAACUAUUAAUAUUGCGAAAGCAUGUUGUGUUUUACACAAUUUUGUUAUACAACACGAUGGGUUAAAACAACAAGACAAUAUGGCAAUAAGUAGGUUCCCACAAUUGAGACCCCAUAGCAGUGAAGAAUCAUUAGCCGAAAAUUUUAUCAGAGAUCAAUUUGCUAAUUACUUUAUGAGUCCAGAAGGGGCUUUACCAUGGCAGUUGAAAAAGAUAUAA